AGAGUCCUGUUUGAAAGUGUGGAGGCUGGUGCCUGCCUACCCAGGUCUUUCCCUGACUGGCUCUGUGGCCUCAGGGGAUUACUUAACUUUCUGUGUCUCAGUUUCCACUUCUCUAAAAUGAGGAUAAUGGCGGUAUCCCCUCCAUCAGAUCAUUAGCAGGAAUUAACAGGUUAAGCGGGAGAACACUAGGGAUGGAUCCCGGGCCACAGAAAUUUUCUUUUUUGUUUCUGGUGUGAGAUUUCCCUUCACUUAGUCUGUGUGCUCCCUGUUUGAUCUGUGAGAGCAGUUCAAAUGGCUCUAUUUUGCCCCUUAUUUUUUGCUCAUAAGUUUGUUGUGCUUGUGUGGAGUUUCCCUGGGAGGCUGUGAAUCCCAGGAGGAUGAGAACUACAGCUUAUUUACUGUUGUUUUUCUGAUACCUUACACAGGGACUUAAUACAUGUUCUUGACCUUUCAGCAAAUAUUAAAUGAACACCUUGCAUUCGUGUUCCAGACAGUGUUCCGGGUACCUGGGAUAAAUCUGUGCACAGAACAGACCAAGGUCCCUGUCCCCCAGUGGACUUUAUAAUUUUCUAGUAGAAAUUAGAAUCAAAGCGAAAUGGAGUUUUGUGGGGUUUUGUUUUUGUUUGAUUUUGCCUGUUUUUUGUGGCCAGCAAAGAAGUGCAUAUUAGUUUUCCAGUGUAUUACAAUGUGGUCAUUAUAAGAUGAGGGGUCAGUGAUGUGGCCUCUGCUCCUUACAUAAAUGUGCCUGCUCGAUCAGGGCCCUGGUAGUCAGGCCUUGGCUCUGAAGAAAAGCUGGGGGGGGGGGGGGGGGCGCGGUGCAGACCUUCAGGAGAGAAGCAUAGAACCAUGUCAUUGGGUAAAAUGUUGUGGGGUAAAAACGCAUUCUGCUUUGAAUUUGUUGAUUUUUCUUUAAAAUAGAAAGCAUCCCUGAGGGCCUGCACUCAUUCUUAAUGAGUCAUCAGAAUACACAUUUUUGGCAUUCCUUCCUGUGAAAAGCAGCUCUCUUUGCCAUAAACAGCCAUAUCCCAGCAAUAAUAUUUUGGGAAACUAAAUCUUGAUGCGUGGGUCCCCUAAGUCAGUGUUUCUUGCAGUCCAUUGUGCUUUAGGGGUUUAGUUAAAACCAAAGCAAAAACAAAGACAAAAACCCACCCUAACCCCAAUAAAGAAUAAUUUUGAAAACAACUGACCUUGAAACUGUGGAGCCUUGAUUUGGACUCUUCUGUCUGAUGUCCCAUGUGUGGAAGGCUCUGCCACUAUCCACAGGGCAUGGCUUCUGACAGUCCCGUGGUUUUUCCACUUGGCUGUGGGUCUGGGCCUGAGGUGUUCAUCUGCGGUUCUGCAGGCUGGCGCCGGGCCUUUGCAGGGAGCGCAUAGCCCGACUGCCGCCACCCUUCCUGAUAGGAGUUGGGGCCGUGACCGCGCUCCCUCCCUGCACACACACUUAGCCUUUAGGAGAUGUAAACCCCUCGGUGUAGGAGAGGUCGGCGGUUCUGAACCAGGGGCCGUUUCGCCCACUGGGAGGAUAUUUGUCAGUGUGUGGAGACACUUCCGGUUGUCACAACUCGGAAUGGGGUGCACCUGGCAUCUACUGGGUAGAGGCCAGAGAGAUGAGGCUAAACGUACCAUAUGCACAGAGCAGCCCCCCUCGCCCCCCGACACACACACCCAGAAUUAUCUGGCCUCAAAUGUCAGUAGAAAGAAACCCUGCUCUAGGGGAAUGGGGACCAUGUGCGUUUACACCGAGAGCUAAAAAAUUAGACCCCCGGGUGCUGCUUCUACCUACAUGCCAAUGCCACGUAAGAAGAGAUGUGUUCUGAAGCCUUGCUGAUGGCUCGUUUGUCUCAUUUGUCAGAUCGAGCGGCGCCUGGACACGGUUCGGUCAAUAUGCCACCACUCCCACAAGCGCCUGGCAGCAUGCUUCCAGGGCCACGGCCCCGACGUGGAGAAGAGAUACAAAAAACUCCCUCUGACCGCUCUUGCUCAGAACAUGCAAGAAGCAUCGACUCAGCUGGAAGACUCCCUGCUGGGGAAGAUUCUGGAGACGUGUGGCAAUGCUGAGAACCAGCUGGCUCUAGAACUUUCUCAGCACGAGGUCUUUGUUGAGGGAGAGAUUGUGGAUCCUCUCUGCAGCAUCGCAGAGUUGGAGAUUCCCAACAUCCAAAAACAGAGGAAGCAGCUCGCUAAAUUGGUGUUAGACUGGGAUUCGGUCAGAGCCAGGUGGAACCAAGCUCACAAAUCUUCAGGAACCAACUUCCAGGGGCUUCCAUCAAAAAUAGAUACCCUAAAGGAAGAGAUGGAUGAAGCUGGAAACAAAGUGGAGCAGUGCAAGGACCAGCUUGCAGCGGACAUGUACAACUUUAUGGCCAAAGAAGGGGAGUAUGGCAAAUUCUUCAUUACGUUAUUAGAAGCCCAAGCAGAUUACCAUAGAAAAGCAUUAGCAGUCUUAGAAAAGGCCCUUCCCGAAAUGCGAGCCCAUCAAGAUAAGUGGGCGGAAAAGCCAGCCUUUGGGACUCCUUUGCAAGAGCACCUGAAGCGGAGCGGGCGUGAGAUUGCACUGCCCAUCGAGGCCUGUGUCAUGCUGCUUCUGGAGACAGGCAUGAAGGAGGAGGGCCUUUUCCGAAUUGGAGCUGGGGCCUCCAAGUUAAAGAAACUGAAAGCUGCUUUAGACUGCUCCACUUCUCAUCUGGAUGAGUUCUACUCAGACCCCCACGCUGUAGCAGGUGCUUUAAAGUCCUAUUUACGGGAAUUACCUGAACCUUUGAUGACCUUCAGUCUGUAUGAAGAAUGGACCCAAGUGGCAAGUGUGCAGGAUCAAGACAAAAAACUUCAAGAUUUAUGGAGAACAUGUCAGAAGUUGCCACCACAAAAUUUUGUUAACUUCAGGUAUUUAAUCAAGUUCCUUGCAAAGCUUGCCCAGACCAGUGACAUUAAUAAAAUGACUCCCAGCAACAUUGCAAUUGUGUUAGGCCCUAACUUACUAUGGGCCAAAAACGAAGGGUCGCUAGCUGAAAUGGCAGCGGCCACAUCUGUCCACGUGGUUGCGGUCAUUGAGCCCAUCAUUCAGCACGCCGACUGGUUCUUCCCUGAAGAGGUGGAAUUUAACGUCUCAGAAGCAUUCGUGCCUCUCGUCACCCCAAAUUCCAAUCACUCAUCUCACACUGGAAAUGACUCUGACUCAGGGACCCUCGAGAGGAAACGACCUGCCAGCAUGGCAGUAAUGGAAGGGGACUUGGUGAAGAAGGAGAGCUUUGGUGUGAAGCUUAUGGACUUCCAGGCCCACCGGCGAGGUGGCACUCUAAAUAGAAAGCACAUAGCCCCAGCUUUCCAGCCGCCACUCCCGCCCACAGAUGGCGGCACCUUGGCUCCUGCGGGCCCGGAGCCCCCUCCCCAGAGCUCUAGGGCUGAAAGCAGCACAGGGGGUGGGGCUGUCCCCUCCUCUGCGGGCAUACUGGAGCAGGGGCCAAGCCUGGGCGACAGUCCGCCGAAACCCAAGGACUCUGCCCCUGCCCCCGCACCCACCCCGGGGAGAAGCAACAGUCAGAUGGCCGCUGGCCCGAACCAGGCCCAGACAGCGACUGGCUCCCAUCAGCUCUCGGUCGGCCCAGGGCACAACUCCGCCGGCCCCAGCCCGCACACUCUGCGCCGAGCUGUUAAAAAACCUGCUCCUGCACCCCCGAAACCAGGAAACCCGCCUCCCGGCCACCCCGGGGGCCAGAGUUCUCCGGGAACGUCUCAGCAUCCGCCCAGUCUGUCGCCAAAGCCAGCCGCCCGAAGCCCUUCUCCUCCCACUCAGCAGGCGGGCCAGGCCCCGGGCCAGCCGUGCGCCGCCCCGCAGCCCUCGGCGCCCCGGAGGUACUCCAGCAGCCUGCCUCCCAUACAAGCCCCCAGCCACCCGCCGCCGCAGCCCCCCACGCAGGCCGCGCCGCCCCCGGGGCACACCAAACCCGGUGGCGGCCAGGGCCCGCCCGCCCCCACGGCACCGACCGGCGAGCAGGGACUGGAGCAGCCACCUCACACCCCUCCCCAGACUCCGACGCCCCCCAGUACUCCACCUUUAGGAAAACAGAACCCCGGCCCGCCCGCUUCGCAGACCGCGGCGGGGACUAACCCUGAGACUGCGCAGCCACACGCCGGAACCUUACCGAGACCGCGACCAGUACCAAAGCCCAGGAACCGGCCCAGCAUGCCUCCGCCCCCACACCCCCCUGGCGCCCACUCCGCAGGGGACGGCACCCUCAGCAACGCAGCUCCCACUGCCUCCAAAAUAGUAACGGAUGCCCUUCCUAGUGCCCUCACAGGUGGGGAAGGUUCCCAGGACUAAGACACCAGUUCUAGAGUUUCAGAACCGCUUCGCAGCACCUUUCCUGACACGCAUUCAGACUCCGCAAGCAGAGACGUGCCCGGGCGCAUUCU